GCUGCAAUUGGAGGUGGAGAGGGCGGUAGCAUGGCGGUAACCAAUGCAAAGAAUCGCUACAAAGAUCAAUACUGCGUCGCCUCAACGACAAGUACCACCACAACAGUUACCGCAACAAGCACCACCACCACUACCACCACAACUACCACAACCUCAGAUUCAAGCGCGUCGACGUCCACCUCCGCAUCAACAAUCACCGUCCCGACCUCCGGCUUCAUAUCACUCGACUGCCCCGCCCUAGACGCCACCACCCUUGGCAUCACGCUCCAGAGCACCUCCCUCUUCACCGUAACCUGCGGCCAAGACUUCUCAGGCCCAAACCACGAUAUCGAUAUCCUCGCACUCGUUGUUUAUUCCCUCGAAGACUGUGCCAUGGCUUGCGCGAGCUAUAAUCUGAACUGGAAAUCAACAAUCUGUAAAGCGGUGCGAUUUAACGCGGACUUGGGUCAGGUGGGGAUUAAUUAUGGGACUUGUUGGCUGAAGAAUGGGACGGGGACCAUUGAGAGUAGUAAUAGCGAUACGAGUGCGGGGAUGAUUUUGCAGACCUGA